AUGGCUGAGCAUCGCCGCUUCGCGGACCUCAACUACGGUCACGCGGGACUUUUGACUUACAUACCUUCCGAGGAUCCUGAAAAUGAGCCGGGCGAGCUGCAUACGACGAGGGCGCUGUCAAGCUCGCUACACUUUCGGAUAGUGGGAUCGUCGGCUCAACUGUAUCCCCCUUCAAAGUCAGUGACGGCCAUUGCCGCUCUGUCUCAUACGUGGGAGGAACGGCAGGUGCAGAAGAGAUGGCUCCUCAACUCUCACCCAGAGGCCUGCAUCGGUGACUCUUCCGUCCAGGAGCUCCUCAAGGAGGACAUGGAACGCUUCCAGCAAGCCGAAGACGAAACAAAUCGCAAAGCGCUGCUGGCUGUCGGCCUCGUCGCCGACCUGACAAACCAAUGGGACGUGAGAGGGGCUCCUGUGCUCGCCGCCGCGACCGGGCACUCCGGGCAACAGCUGCGGCUUGUCCGCCUCGAUGAAUCGUAUUGGCAGUGGGGAGAUCACAAGGAUGUGCUCUUGAACCUAUCUCUUAUUGAUCCUGUACACCAGGAGGAAGAAGCCAUCUGGACGAGCGACUCGGUGCCGAUCACGCAAGUCAAGUUUGCGACUCACGUCUCUCGCCACGGCUAUGACCGAUGGCUUAUGGUGCAGAAAUCCACCGGGACCACGCUAUUACAGCCCGAAUACAACCUCUUGCCUGUCCCGCAGCCCGAAUCGGUAGAGGCGCCGGGAGAGCAGGGGCCGUCCUUUAUCAACCCGAAUCCUCUGCUUACGUUACGGGCGAGUGAAACGGGUGGCAAUGCGCAUUCCGACAUGUUUCUAAACCCCUCUUCGCUCGGCUGUCCGCCUCAACUGGGUGUCAUUGAUGAAUGCGGCUACUGGAGUGUUUGGAAUAUCAUGGGCGCCUCAGAUGCAGUCAGGAGGACCCUCCACCUGGUUCCCUUCAAGCGCGGGCAUAUCUUCCAAGGCUUCAUGGAUGCGAUACCAAGAUAUCCCUCCUAUCCAGCGAUGACCCAUGGCAUGCUCGGCGUUGGCGGAUCGCCUGUCGGUACCGCGUAUCGAACUCCAGCGAAAGGCGCCGGAGCCGUGGGUUCGGUCACAGCUCCUUCACGCUACGUCCUACUGUGGAAUCCGGACCAAGUGGAGCUGUUUGAUCUCGAGGCCACUACAGUCUUUCGAAAGCUGGACCUGACGUCGUCAGCUCAGAGGCGGCCGGAUCGUAUCCUGGAUAUCCAACCCAGCCCCGGCAACGAGGAUCACGUCUUUGUGUUAACUACCCGACAAGUCAUAUGGGUUGGCCUCGAUUGUUUGAAUAGGCAGGCAGAGGACAUGUGCAAACCGAAGAUCCUCCUCGCUUGCUCACAUCCCGGCAUCGGGCACGAAGACAUGAGAAUGAGUGUUGCACCCUGCGCGGACGAGAGUCAAUCAGCGCUUGUUUUUACACACUCUCCAGGGACAGAGCAGUUGUGUGUCUACUGGUUCACCGUCUCACCUACCACAGGCCUGCCGCAGUGGCAUCGCGAUAUCUCACACCUGCCAGGCAGUGAUGGUCUUGCACCGCGCACAAGCAUUCAGCUCCUUCGAGUGCAUCCUGCGAGACUCGAUGUCUUUCCGAAGCACCCUGCUGAUGGGCCAGGCUCGAGAUACCUCGAUAGCGGUACACACUUUUAUCAAGUCAUGGCCCUCGGAGACGACCUCGGUGUGCGGUACUCCAUGUACUCGUCUGUUUGCGACCCCACAGUUGAGGUAACGCUGCCGACCACGCGGGUAGAUUGGACGAAGAGCGAGCAGCGGCGUCGCUGGAAAAUGCGUCGAAGGUACUUCCUACAGCAUGUUACGGACACGUUUGUCGUGCCCGACGCUAUGAGCCAGGCCGACAUGGCAGCUCUUCUUAAGCAGGGAGAUGCCGAGGUGGAAGAGAAGCCGCAGGAUGUCAGCGAGAGCCGACGUCCACCCGAACGGCGGCCGAUUCGCCUAAAGAUGGAGCGGAUUGCACAGGCCAUCCAGAGACAACUCGACGCGAGUGCUGCGCAGGGUUCAUUCGGACUGCCGGUUGGCCUGUUUGACGCUCUGCAGAGCUUCAUUGAGCACGGGCUGGAAUUUGGCUUGCCGUUGACUACAUGGGCCGAAGUAGCUUCUUCGCUCGAGCAGCCUGUACCAUACGGGUCACCCGAAGACGGUAUGGAGGGCGAUGUCGAGCAAUUAUUCGACGCGAACAGCGACAGCGUCGUCGUUACCCAGCUACGAAGGCACUCUGAGAUGGAGCCAUUUGACUCUUUGCUCGGCCUGGCCUACCUGCAACAGCAGUAUUCUACGCUGUGGCUUGACCCGGGAAAUGCACUACCGGAAGAACUUCAGCAGAUCCGAAGGGUGUGGGUGAACGAAAUUGCGCGGGAUGUGUUUUUGUCGAGCUAUGGAGUCAUGGUUCAGCAUGUACCUCUGCUGGGCGUGGCGAACCCCGGUCCGGAAGAGACAAUACUUGAAGAGUCGACAAUGUUGCCAUCUACGCCACCCCACCGAAGCCCACGGGUUGCCUCGUCUUCACCCGGGCUGCCACCCUCGUCGCCGCCGACCCCGUCGGCCCACGACGCUGUCAUCCAGCGUUUGAUGCUCUUGGCCACAUUUCAAGAACCUUCCUUGCCGGUCCCCACGAAACAGUCGAAGGUUUUGUCGUACUGGCCCUCGGAGCGGGGCAUCGAUACCCGAGACUACGUAUCGAGUGUUGCAGUCGCAGCCGACGAAAAGUUCAGAGACGCUAGGCAGCGGCUGCAUAGGAUCGAGGCGAAGCGCAAGGCUCAGGCGGAAAAGUACAAGCGGCCAGCCUUCAUGAGACAGGGCUUCCCGAUGAGCGACGGAUUCAGCCAGGAGGCCAGUCUACCGAUGCGGCCGCCCCCCGUGCAGGCCAUGUCGAGUCAGCAAGCAGUGCCGGAAUCAUCGCAGACGCAGAUGGGGCCGGCGGUGACGAUGAGCCAGCCCGUGGCAGGAACCUUUGGAGGAGACAGGAAGAAGAAGAAGGGAAAGCGCAAGAGUGGUUUCAGAUAG